AGUUUAACAAAGAAAAUUAACGAUGAACAAACAAUACAUUUCACAGACUAUUACGGAAAAGAAGUUCUAUGGAAUACAAAAUUAAAAUCGUGAAGAAAUUAAGAAAUUAAUUAUUAAUUAAUAAUAUUCGAGGCGAAGCUGUGAAAAUUAUAAUAUUAGUUGAAGUAUUCAACUUACCGAAUAAAAAUCGUGUUCACAAAAAAACAUUCACGAUUUUUGUGGUGUUUAUUUGAACAAUAGUGAAUCAACACCCAACAUGAUCAUGAAAUACGAUCGUGAUUCACGUUUCGUGUAAACCCACCUUAAUGGAACGUUCACACGGGAAGUAAAUCACGAACGUGAGCCACGAUUUCGCGUCAUACGUUUCUGUGUGAACGCAGUGCGGCUUAAACUUGGAUUCUUGAGUCAGUGGCGCACGAUCCAAGAGUGAACGGAUCAAACGUAUUUGAUUUUCAGUCGUGAAAUCGGUAUGUCAUCACAGCAGCGUGGAGUAGUUAAGUUUAAUGACAAUGAAACCACACGUUUUUUGGAGUUAUAUUCAAUGGAAAAAGUGCUAUACGACCCAGCCUUGGAUGCAUACCGUGAUAGAGAUUUACGUGCAGCUGCAGCUAAUAGGAUAAGCCAUGAAUUAAAUAUUCCUGGAUUUGGACCGAGAGAAGUAAUUGUGAAAUUUAAAAAUUUAAGAAGCUCUUACUGUCAAGAGUUAAAAAAAAUAUCAGACAGCAUAAGAUCUAGAAAGGAUACAGAUGACAUCUAUAAGCCAAAAGUAUUUUGGUUCAAUCAAAUGAACUCAUUCAUUCAUCCGUUUGUUCAACAGCGAUCUACACAAUCGAAAUCGAUAUUACCAAAAGAAAAUUCCAAAAAGGCUCCUAUAGAAAUUAAACAAUCUUUAGAAUCAGAGUUUGAAUAUAGUCCUAGCAAGAAUUUAGAAGAUACUUCAUCAAGUGCAUCGAAAAUCAAUACAUCUAAAAAGACCAUAAAAAGAAAGAUUGAACUACAAACUCCAACAUCGGAAAAAAAGAAAAUUACCCAUGACCGCGGAAUAGGUUUUAUGACGAGUGCUAUUGAACAAUUACGAGAAAUAUCAAAUCGUGCAUCAGAAGUCACUAUAAACAAACAUGACAGUUAUGAUUAUUUCGGUAUGUAUAUUGCAUCCAUGUUACGAAGUAUAGGAUCACCAAGAGCAAUACAAUUACAACAAAAUAUAACUAAUAUGAUAACAAACGCUAUAUGCCAACCAGAAUGUAUCACCACUGAUAAUUCAAUGUCGGGAACAACUAGUUGAAGACAAUGAAAUCUUAAAAGUUUCUUCGGCUACUCAUGAUAAAGACUUCUUAACAUUUUUAGAUUUAUAAGUAUAACUAAAUAAUUACAAAUUCACUCAUAUUUAAUUUAUUAUAA